ACCCCCAGUCCCUCGCAGGCAGACAGCGUGCAGGAGCAGGAGAUGUGGCGCGGCUUCAUCCUCACCAUGGCCAAGAUGGAGGUGCCCACAGACCUGGAGCUGCUGCCUGGGCACCUCUUCCAGCUGUCGGAGGCGCUGCGCCAGGAGAGGGAGAACUGCCGGAGGGAACGGAGUGUGGGGACAACUGCAGUGCCCCCCCUGCCCAGCUGCUUCUUCGACGUGUCGCGUGCUGAGGCCGAGCGGCUGCUGGAGCGCAACGCGGGCAGUGGGAGCGUGGUGCUGCGGCCCGGCGGGCACGGCCAAGGCUUCUCCAUCAGCACACGGCAGGUGCUGAGCGGCGCUGCUCUGCUGAAGCACUACAGGGUGGUCAGCGUGGGAGAUGGGUUCCUUGUUGACAUCGACACGCCGGUGAGCGCCGUGGGUCUGAGCCGUAGACACCCACUGUGCCCCCAUGGGAUGGGACCCCCAGCUCUGGGCUGAGGAUCAGGGAUUGGGACCCCUCCCUUCCCACAGAGGUUGGGCUGGGAUCCCCCCAAAGGGAUUGGGGCAGGACAGCCCCAUAGCUGGGACCGAAGCAGGGGAUCGGGACCCCUGGGGGGCUGGGACCCCGAGGAUGGGGAUUUAUGGGAUUGGGACCCCUGGGGGCUGGAACACGAGGGAUGAGGAGCCCCAAGAGACCGGGAGCCCAGGGAUUGGGGACUGAAUGGCAAAGAUUUACGGGAUUGGGACCCCCAGGGGGCUGGGAGCCAAGCGACUGG